UGUGACUCCACUUGCAAUCUUCUUUCUGCUUUCUUGCUGACGAUAAACAAAGAAACAUAUAAACAUGAUGGGACCUUGGCAAACAGGCAACAACUCUGUUGCUAUUUUUGGCAAGAUCAUCUGUCAGAAACUUAAAGAGCCUAUUGAGCAGAGUGUCUACAAGAAGAUUGCCAGAGAUCUGGCAAAUGAAAUGAUAUCAAACUGUGAAUCACUGAAUGGAAACAGAUCAAAUCUGGAGAAACACAUCCUGAAGACACUGGCAGAAGAGGAAGAUUUUGACAAAUACAUGAUCUACAUUCAUAAUCCCAGAGAUCACUUCAAGAGUUUCAUCAGAGAUGAAGUCAGUCGGUACAUCACUGAUAAGUUCAGUGUCCGUGUUUUACCCAAGAUGAAGGAGAACAUUAAACUCCUGCAGCAGAAGAUCAUGAAAGCAGCACAUGAAUCUACUGAACAUGUUCAAGUCAACAGUGGAGAUGUUGGUUUGUGGUUGAAGAGUUUCACACAGCAGCUCUCAGAUGAGCUGAUCUUCUCUGAAAAAGACCUCAGUGGAGUCAAACAUGAUGAUGUUGAUGAUUUCAACCUCCUAGAAGAUGCUGUAAUAAAAGAACUUCCUGCUAUAAUGUCUGAGAUCAGCAGUAGAUUCAACACAAAGACAUUUUCACUAAAUCUGGACAAUAAAGACAGGCCAGAUGAGCUUCUGAUUGAUCACUUCUGUCAGUGUUGUUGGGUUCAGUGUCCGUUCUGUAAAGCCAUCUGCACCAACACCAUAGAAAACCAUCAUGGAGAUCACAGUGUUCCUUUUCACCAUAUUAAUGGAAUCGAUGGGUGUUUUUAUAGAGGAACUACAAAUGUGUCUAUUAAUAUCUGCACAUCAUCAGUAGCAAGUGAUCAAUCUUUUUAUCCCAUUGACUUGGAUGAUGCAGUCCUCUGGAAAGAAUACAGAAGAGCAGGAGGAGUUUAUGCCCAGUGGAGCAUCACUGCUGAUCUCUCUGAACUUCCUUACUGGAAGUGGUUUGUGUGCAGAUUCCAGGAAGAUCUAGAAACAUACUACAAUAAAACAUUUGAGGGGAAUGGUAAGAUCCCAGAUGAAUGGAGAAAAUACUCAAAACAGGAUGCUAUUGAGAGUUUGGACCAGUACAUUUAAUGGAGAGGAUGAAGAACGAGAUUCUUAUAUCUCCUCUUAGAUUCUCCUCAGAUCACAGCUAGAAAAUUAGUUUCUGUUACACAUCACUGAGGCUCUGAACUCAUCAACGGCUCAGUGAAUACAAUGGAUACAAGAGGUUAAAAGACAAGAUUCAAUUCCUCAUACAAGCAUCUGUGAAAUAAACUUCAGAACAUAAUUGUAAACACAAAAUUUGGUCACACUUUAUAUUAGGUGGCUUUAACUACUAUGUAGUUACAUCAAAAAAUAAGUACAAUGUACUUAAUGUGGUCAUAUUGUAUUGCAAAACACUUGUGCUGCUAUUGAGGUGUUAUACGGGUAGGUUAGGGACAGGUUUGGUGGUCUGGGUAGGUUUAAGGGUGGGUUAAGGUGUAAGGGACGGGUCAACAGUGUAAAUAUAAAUGUAAUUACAGAUAUUAAUUACAGAUGUAACUACGUAUAGCUAUUUUUAAAAAUAUAAGUACAAUGUAAAAACAUGUAUGUACACAAUAAGUGCAUUGUACCAAAUUAUUAAUUUAAAUGUAAAUACACAGUAGUUAAGGCCACCUAAUAUAAAGUGGGACCCAAAAUUUCAAUGGCAUUUACUGUAUGAUUGUGAACAUAUAUGAGUGUGAAUAUGUAAAUGUGGGGAGGCACACUAGUUUUUAAAGCUCAACUCAGGACACUGACACUUUCAAUAACUAUCAAUAUCUCAAUAAAUAUCAAUAAUAAAGACACUAUCAAUAACUGACACUUUCUGUGGUGUCAUCUCACAGAUACUUUUCUAUAUUAUUAUUGUUGUUUUGACAAAAAUACCAUCAUUGUGAAGAUCACUAUAGCAGUUCAUCUGUCGGUCCACAAAUGGUCAGCUUUUGUCUGUCUUUUUUCUGUCCCCAUAAUCAAUAGGCAAACAAAGGUAUCACACAGAAAAAUUAAGCUCUGAAAUUUCCCGCUGUGAAAUUUGAGUGCAUGAACUCUUCUGCCAAAUUUGAUCAUAUGAAAUGCCCAUCACAAAAAAAAAAAUAAAAAUAAAAAUAAUCUUCUAAAACUCUUGAGUAAAG